AUGCCCCCUCCAGCCAACGGCCAUGAGCUCCCGGGGGAGGUCGAGGAUGACCCCAACGGGUUGCGACAAGACCUCGACGAACGUCAUGUCAACAUGAUCGCAUUUUCGUCCGUCCUCGGCAUCGGUUUGUUUUUGCAAGCUGGCAGGGUCAUCUACUACGCUGGCCCCAGUCUCGCCCUUUUCGCCUACCUGCUGACCGGCACCGUGAUGUGGUCGGCGAUGGCCUGUCUGGGAGAAAUGACCGCACUGUUCCCUGUCAAGGGCGCCGUCUUCGAAUUCCCCGGCCGCUUCCUCGAUGAGGCUGUGGGGUAUGCGGUGGGAUGGAUGGCAUGGUAUUUCUAUGUCGUGGUCGUCGCUGCCGAAGUCACAGCCGUCUCACAACUCUUCAAAUUUCAAUUCGACCCCUCAUACCUGGCGCAGGUCGGAUACCCCGAGCAAACCUUGCAGUGGGGAGUCGGCCUUAAAACCAACCCAGCAGUCUGGGCCACCAUCCUACUCAUCAUCAUGGGCGUCGCCAACCUACUCCCAGUCCGGGCCUACGGCGAGAUCGAGUACGUCAUUGGGGUGUGCAAGAUGCUGUUCAUCUGCAUGCUGAUUAUCCUCAAUGUGGUCAUCAACACUGCCAGUUUCGGCACCAACGAACCCAGCCACUUCAAGUACUACGAGGAACCCUACUCCUUCCAAUCCCAGAACUUCACCCUGCAUGGCAACACCAUCACCGGCGGGCCAGGCCAUUUGGCUAGCAUGUGGACCGCCAUGACGACCACCAUGUUUGGCAUGGCGGGUUUCGACGCUAGCAUCAAACUGGCGACGCGAAAGAUCUCGCUGCGCAUCAUCUUGCUCUAUACCCUGGCCACCUUCACCGCCGGUCUCAACGUUCCCUACACCGACCCGAACCUGAAAUCGCUGGCCGCAUUCCUGAACGCCUUCUACGUCUUCUCCGCCACCUCUGCGGGCAUCAACGCGCUGUACCUGGCCUCGCGGCUCUUGCAUGCGCUCGCGUGCAUUCCCGAGGCGUGGCCACGCUGGAGCCUAACCAUGACGCUAAGAUCCAAGCUGCAGCGGACUAGUUAUGGCGUUCCGAAGGCGGCUGUCUUUGCCAGCUGGCUGUUUGGCUUGCUCGGCUUUUUGGCGGUGAAGCCUACUUCUGCGGAGAUCUUAGGCCGCAUCGCUAUCAACUCAGUGGUUUCCAACCUGAUCGUCUAUUGCUUGAUCUGCGCAUCCUAUCUUCGCUUCUAUAAAUGUAUCAAUCGUGCCGCCAGAGGUGUUGAUCCAGAAGUGGAUCAGAAUGUCGAGGCGUACAACCGCGAAAACGACAGCAUGUAUCCUUACAAAUCGCACCUCCAAUAUCUCCGGGCGUGGUAUGGGCUCUGCGGCACGUUCUUGUUCGCCCUUUUCAACGGAUGGCGCUCCGUUGUUUCGCCCAUGAGCAUUAGCAGCUUCCUUGCUUCCUACUUCAACAUCCCCGUGUUCCUCGUCCUCAUCCUCGCAUACCGUAUUAAGCUCGACAGUUGGGAUCCGCGACAGUGGAUCAUCCGGGCCAAUCAAGACCUGCGCAAUCCGGUCUCGGUGACGGAACAAGAUCCAAGACUCCGGCGCGGUAGGUUAAGACGCAGAGACAGGAAUGUCUACUGGAGCCGAGAGAAUGCCAGAGGCUUCUUGCAAUGGAUCUGGGUGUGGCUGCUGUGA